CCUCUUGCUUCUUUGGUAGAAGCUUCUAGACAAGAAGGGACAGUCAGGCCACGGGUGCUGGUGCGGUGAGGACACAGUUAGGAAGUCACCUGUCAUCUGCCGCCACCCAUCAGUCCCAGGCCCAGAGGAGAGGAGUGUGAGCCAGGUGUACCUGCAGCUGCCCAGCAUCGUGGUGGGCCCACAAACCCGGCCCAUGGCCUCCAAGGGGCUCCAGGAGGGGCCCCCAUAUUGGAAGUUAAGCCCCAGGAGCCGCCUCUCAUCAUUCUACCCACAGGUCUUUGCCUCUAAGAAGGCACGGUGUCUCCUAGACAGAGAGUUCUCCAGGGGCAGACAUUCGUAUCUUGAGCACCUGACACAGGCCAAGUACAGGUUCCAGACCCCACACGCUCCGGGCGACGCCCUCAGCCUGCAUCAGCACGGAGCCCGCACUUCAUCCAGAAUUCCCCGUGUGCACAGAGCAGCUCAGGGGGAUGAGGAAGCGUGCAUAGGCCGGGCCCAGCCCACGCCCGAGAGUGACGAGGAGGAAGGAGCCGUCCGGUGAUGCACACAGAAAUUCCACCGGCUUCCACGCAUCGCCGUGAGUCACAUCCCCAGCCCGGCCGGGACCGGCCUCAUUUGGCCUUGGCCGCUCCCGGGAGAGCGCACAGCAGACGGGCCUGCGGGGCGGGCGGAAGAUGACAGACAGUGAGUUCGGGUACACGCUGUCGCUGGCCCAGGACUACGUGAGGCAUGUCCUGCAGAUCCCGCAGCCCAGCCCGGCCGCCAGCAGAGUGUCCCGGGUCCUGCGGGACGUGGCCUCCUCCGUGCAGGGGGAGGUGGAACAGAACUUGAGACCAUGCUUGGACAGCUUUGAUGUGGGGUCCAUCGACACUGCCAGAACCAUCUUCAAUCAAGUCAUGGAAAAGGAAUUUGAAGACGGCAUCAUUAACUGGGGGAGGAUUGUGACCGUGUUUGCCUUUGAAGGCAUUCUCUCCAAGAAGCUCCUCCGGGAGCGAAUUUCCCCGGACGUGGAUGCUUCCAGGGUUUCUUACUUUGUGGCAGAGUUCAUCACGACAAACAUGAGGGAGUGGAUAAGACAGAACGGAGGCUGGGAGGAUGGCUUUGUAAAGAAGUUCGAGCCCAAGUCCGGCUGGCUGACCUUUCUGGAAGUUAUAGGAAAGAUCUGUGAAAUGUUCUCUCUCCUGAAGCAAUACUACUGACCGGCCCACAGGGACACUCCCCAUUGUGAAACGCGCCCAGUUUUCUUGACUUCUACAAAAAGUGUUGCCAACACUUACUUCUAUUUCUAAAUAAACAAAUUUGGUUAUGUAACUUGA